UCCAUCCCUCUCUCCUUCUUCAGACUCAAAAAAAUAAAAGGAAAAAACCGAAUGGCAGUUAGUACCAUUUGCCCCCCUGCAAAUAAAAUACGAAUGAACUGAAAUUCCAAAAUCGGUGCCGCCAUUAAUAACAAAACUCUGAGAAACGUACAAAGUACGAUUUAAAAAAAGUGUGAGUGUGUGUGUUUUCUGUGAUCAGAUCUGAAGAAGAAUUAGAUAGGAUCUCUCUACACUAAUUUUUGUUCAGUGUAUGGAAAAUGGAGUACAUAGACAAUUUGCCUCCAAUGGAUCUGAUGCGUUCAGAAAAUAUGACAUUUGUACAGCUCAUCAUUCCUGUUGAGUCGGCUCACCCUGCUAUUACUUACCUUGGCCAACUUGGCCUUCUUCAGUUCCGUGAUUUAAAUGAUGAUAAGAGUCCUUUUCAAAGAACAUUUGUAAACCAGGUAAAAAGAUGCGCAGAGAUGUCAAGAAAACUACGAUUUUUCAAAGAUCAGAUACAAAAAGCUGGGCUGCUGCCUUCUCCGCGUCCUGCUUCACAACCUGAUAUUGAACUGGAAGAACUGGAGAUACAACUUGCAGAGCAUGAACAUGAGUUGAUUGAAAUGAAUGCUAAUAGCGAGAAGCUAAGGCAAUCAUACAAUGAGUUGCUUGAGUUUAAGCUGGUAUUACAGAAGGCUAGUGACUUCCUUGUCUCAAGUAGAAGUCAUACAACAGCUCAGGAGACAGAAUUAGAUGAAAACGUGUACUCCAAUCAUAACUAUUCAGAUACAGCAUCAUUACUUGAGCAGGAGAUGCAACCAGAACUUUCAAAUCAAUCUGGAGUAAGAUUUAUUAGUGGCAUUAUCUGCAAGUCCAAAGUUCUACAAUUUGAAAGAAUGCUAUUUCGUGCAACAAGGGGCAAUAUGCUUUUCCACCAGGCAGUUGCUGAUGAAGAAAUCUUGGAUCCUACCUCAAAUGAAAUGGUUGAGAAAAUAGUCUUCGUAGUAUUCUUUUCGGGCGAGCAGGCGAGAACAAAAAUAUUGAAAAUAUGUGAGGCGUUUGGUGCUAAUUGCUAUCCUGUUCCUGAAGACAUGACCAAGAGGAGGCAAAUAACUCGAGAAGUUUUGUCUCAUCUAUCUGAAUUGGAAACCACUCUGGAUGUUGGAUUACGUCAUCGAGAUAAAGCUUUAACGUCUAUUGGAUUUCACCUCACAAAAUGGAUGAACAUGGUUAGAAGGGAAAAGGCUGUUUAUGAUACAUUAAAUAUGCUGAAUUUUGAUGUCACAAAGAAGUGUCUAGUUGGAGAGGGCUGGUGUCCAAUAUUUGCAAAGACUAAGAUACAAGAGGCUUUGCAACGUGCGACAAUUGAUAGCAACUCACAAGUGGGAAUUGUAUUUCAUGUGAUGGGUGCUGUAGAUUCACCUCCAACAUACUUCAGGACAAACCGUUUCACAAAUGCAUAUCAAGAAAUUGUAGAUGCGUAUGGUGUUGCUAAAUACCAGGAGGCAAAUCCUGCUGUUUACACCAUUGUUACAUUCCCUUUCCUUUUCGCGGUGAUGUUUGGAGAUUGGGGUCAUGGAAUUUGCUUGCUGUUGGGAGCAUUAGUUCUUAUUUCUAAGGAAAGCAAGCUUAGCUCUCAAAAACUGGGCAGCUUUAUGGAGAUGCUCUUUGGCGGUCGCUAUGUACUCCUCUUAAUGUCAAUAUUCUCAAUUUACUGUGGCUUGAUAUAUAAUGAAUUCUUCUCUGUUCCGUUUCACAUAUUUGGUGGCUCUGCAUACAAAUGCCGAGAUGCUUCAUGCAGUGACGCAUAUACAGUCGGUUUAAUAAAAUACAGUGAUCCUUAUCCUUUUGGUGUGGAUCCAAGCUGGAGAGGUAGCCGUUCGGAGCUUCCUUUCUUGAACUCCCUUAAGAUGAAGAUGUCUAUUUUGUUGGGUGUGGCACAGAUGAACCUCGGAAUUAUAUUAAGUUACUUCAACGCACGUUUCUUCAACAACACGCUUGAUAUUAAGUAUCAGUUUGUGCCACAAGUGAUCUUUCUCAACAGCCUUUUUGGGUACCUGUCUCUCCUCAUUGUUGUUAAAUGGUGCACUGGAUCUCAGGCAGAUCUCUACCAUGUUAUGAUUUAUAUGUUCCUAAGUCCUUUCGAGGCUCUUGGUGAAAACCAGUUGUUUUGGGGCCAGAGUGUGCUUCAGGUAGUAUUGCUGCUUUUAGCACUUGUUGCUGUUCCAUGGAUGCUUUUCCCAAAACCUUUUAUUUUGAAGAGACUUUACACCGAGAGAUUUCAAGGCGGAACUUAUGGCCUUCUUGGAACAUCUGAGGUGGAUACUUAUGAGGAACCAGACUCUGCGAGGCAACACCACCAUGAGGAGUUCAAUUUUAGUGAGGUUUUUGUGCAUCAAAUGAUACACUCUAUUGAGUUUGUUCUGGGUGCCGUCUCUAACACUGCAUCAUACCUUCGGCUGUGGGCUUUGAGUUUGGCUCAUUCUGAAUUGUCUACUGUGUUCUAUGAGAAAGUUCUCCUCCUUGCUUGGGGGUAUGAUAGCCUGAUCAUACGGCUAAUUGGGCUGGCAGUAUUCGCCUUCGCCACAACCUUUAUACUACUCAUGAUGGAGACUCUUAGCGCAUUCCUUCAUGCAUUGCGUCUUCAUUGGGUGGAAUUCCAAAACAAGUUCUAUCACGGCGAUGGUUAUAAGUUCAAGCCAUUCUCUUUUGCUGCAUUAGCAGAUGAUGAGGAUUAGUACAUAACCUUUAUUUUCCCUUAUUUUUUUCCGGGGAAUUCCACAGAAAAGAGGAGUUUCUAUAUCCAGGGAAAAGAUUUUCGAAGGACCCAAUUUUGGCUGACUAUUAUUGCGCACUUUCUGUUGAUGAAGCAGCUGGUUUUAGCAUAGAAUUGUAAAGUUGGCACACAUAAUCUUUCAGUAUAGUGGUAUGAAACUGGGCUCUGCUUAUGGCCAUAGUUAGUUGUUAAAGAAGAGAUCUGUAAAUUUUUCUUUAUAAAUCCUUUACAUAUUGUUUUUCAAACACGAAUAAGUUAAUUGUAAAGAGGGAAGUCUUUAUAUAGCAUUUAUCUUAAGGGUGUCUCAUUCUUUUGUGGAGGCAAAUUUACAGAAUCAGCAAAUACAUGCUCCUUGUAUACAUUUAGUGAGUCUCUACAGAUUGUUGUAAUAAUAGAAUUUUCUCUUUGAAUUU